AUGGCGUGCCUUGGACACGAACUGCGCGACGGGGCGCACCUGCAGCGGCGCCACCGGGACGCCCCGCCCGCGCCCUUCGGGGGAGGGCCCCCGCUGCUGCAGAACGGCCUCGCCGAAGGCGGCCUCCCCGAGCGGCAGGAGCAGCCGCCGCCGCAGCGGCGGCCGCUCCAGGCCGGCGGCGCCAGGCCCCCCGCGAGGCCCGACGACGACCGGCUCCUGGGCGGCCAGGGCCGCUGUGGCGGCGGCGAGGAAGCCGAGAGCGAAGCCGAGGCCUUUGACCCGCCGCCGGCCUCCUCGGGGCCCGCCGCGGCCGACGCCCAGGCAUGCUCCAGCGCGCCCGCGGGCGGCGGCCGCAGGAGUGCGCCGCCGGCCGCCGCUGCAGGCGAGCAGGACAAGCGCACGGGCGCCUCCCGGUGGUGGAGCUUCGCCUGGGGGCGCGGGCGAGGCGCCCUGGACCUCCCCAAGGAGCACAUAGGCAACUUGGAUUUCCCGAAGGAGAACUCCGAGACGCUGUCCACCGCUUCGAAGGAGGCCCCCGCCGCGGCCGGCGGCGCCGCCGGGCCGGCGGACGCGCCCAGCGCUCCGGCGUGUGUGGGCCCGGCUGCGGCAG